AUGGACUCGAAUUACAUUCCGGGAAACAUGGGGCUUUUCCCAAAUCAAGCAGGAACCAGCAUCGUAGAAACACCCAACCAAACUGAUCACCAAGAGGAUCGAUUUGUGACUCUUGAAAGAAAACUAGACAACUUCCAGGAACUCGCACGACACAUUGGAGUGAUUGCUAGUGAUUUCAAUCAGCGGAAUCAAGAUGCAUUGAAUGGAAAAAUUUAUUCUCUCAUUCAUAAUAUGCAGGAAUUGGAUAAUAUGAAGAACUCAUUUAAUGAUGUUAAAGUUCCAAUUGAAUUGCUUGACAUAUUGGAUCGCGGCGAGAAUCCCCAAAUUUUUUCGAAAUUGGUCUUAGAACGAACUCUCGAGAAAAACAAAGAAGUGAAUGGAAAAAUUGAGAUUUACAAGAAAUUCAAAGCUCAUUUAUUGAGAGCUUUUGGAGAAGAGAUGCCGGAUAUGGUUCUUACGUACAGGAAUAUGCGAGAAACACCUAAAGAAUUGGAGAAUUUGUAA